AACGACUGCGGGGGGCGCCCGCGAGCCACUACCGUAAUGCCAGCGCGCGGACGCCCAGGAGCCUCUACCGUAAGGACUCCGCCCGGGCGCCGCAGCGCUGCCCCGGGUGCAGGGAGCCGACGCCGGUGUCCCGACUGCCCUCGGGCCGCCCCGUAAGGACUCCGUGCGGCCACCUCCCCCUCCCGUAAUGAUCCCCGCCGGCGCUCGUGCGCAGGCGCAGGAACCGUUUUCAGUCCGCGGAAGCCUCGGGCGUUCGCAUUCGGGUGGGAAGCUUGAGAUGGAAUCAAGUGCCCAGUAAACACCUUCAAGAUGACUGACAUCCCUUGCUCCUCCCACUCGGGCCACUCUGAUCACCGUUCCUACUCCUCUUCCAAAUCAUCCCAGUUCCCCCCCGAGAUAGUUCAACCUGUAAUUGUCGUUCAUGGCGGAGGAGCGGGCUCCAUCUCCAAAGAACGUUCAGAAAGAGUGCGUCACGGCGUGACCAAAGCCGCUUUGCUGGGCUACCACAUUCUGAAAGAUGGCGGGAGCGCCGUUGACGCUGUCGAGGGGGCUGUGGUGGCUUUAGAGGAUGACCCCGAAUUCAAUGCAGGUCAUGGAUCUGUCUUGAAUGAGGAUGGCCAAAUUGAAAUGGAUGCUAGUAUCAUGGAUGGAAAAAGUCUGAACUCGGGAGCUGUGUCUUCAAUUAAGAGCAUCGCAAAUCCCAUUAAAGUCGCCCGCCUUGUUAUGGAAAAGACAAAUCACUCAUUCUUGACUGAUCGAGGUGCAACAUGUUUUGCUAAGAGCAUGGGGAUUCCAAUCAUUCCUUGUGAAAAACUAGUAACGGAACGAAACGUCAAACGUCUAAAAAAAGAAAAAGCUGAAAAAAGUGCUUGCAUGACAGAAGCCGACAAAAACACUGGUACGGUGGGUGCUGUGGCCCUUGACAAACAUGGAAACCUGGCUUACGCAACAUCCACCGGAGGAAUCAUUAAUAAAAUGGUUGGUCGCGUAGGGGACUCGCCAUGUGUAGGUUCUGGGGGCUAUGCCGACAAUGACAUCGGGGCGGUUUCUACCACUGGGCACGGGGAGAGCAUAAUAAAGGUGAAUCUCGCCCGACUGGCUAUCUUCCAUCUGCAGCAAGGAAAGAAGCCGCAAGAGGCUGCUGAUGCCGCCUUGUGUUACAUGAAGACCAGGGUCAAAGGUUUAGGCGGCAUCAUUGUGGUUGACAAAUCAGGAGAAUGGGCCGCAAGGUGGACCUCGGUCUCCAUGCCCUGGGCCUCGGCCAAGGACGACAAGCUUCAGUUUGGAAUUGUCCCCGGGAUGGUGCACAUCACUGACAUCGGCAAAAACAAAUCCCCUAACCCAUGUAUCUGAGUGCCAGGUCUGGGAUAGGAAGAGGAUGAAUAAAGUGGGCUGGUCUCCAGCCUAGGCAACGGUAACAUUCAGGAGAGCUUUACCUUACUCUCGUAGGUGUACAUUUGGAGGAAUCAUGCACCCUGUCACACUUGAUUUGUGUCCUUGAUCAAAACAGAUUCUAAAAUUUUCUAUUUUUGGCCCACUAUGAAAUAAAAGUCAAAGCGAGAUUUGCCUCAAGAUGGCAGAGGAGCUAGCAUUAGCCAUUCUCUCGACUGAUUCUUUUGGUCUUGAAUCUGAAAGAAAGCAUGAAAGCUUCCAUCUUAGAAGGGACUUUGGGCUUUUACAAAAGCUGUGGCCCUGAGGGCACUUCUGAGAAAGACAGGGGGGCUUUUUGCCAAAUGGUGGAAUAGAGACACCGACUAGUUACAUCCAAGUGAUACUGUGUUUAGCCACUCAGGCAGUUGCAGAAACAAAGGAAAGCAAGAGGCAGGUUGGUAGCGCAGUGGAUAAAGUGCCAGCCCCGUGGAGGCAGGAGGGAGGAUCAGAGUUCAAAUCUAGCAUCAGAAUCUGACACAUACUGGCUAUGUGGCCUCAAUUGCCUCACACGCAAAAAGCAAAACAAAUCAGGCUUUUGUCCCUUGCCAGGACCCAGAACCUUGGUUUCUGCACAGUUAAAGCAAGAAAGAGCAGGAUGUAGGGUUUGAGCCACCUUGUUCCUUAUGCACAGAGAGGAUCGGGAGAUACUGAGGACUUUCCCACAAUCAGGUGAAUUGCAAAAAGUUGGAACUUUAUAUUACAAAAUGACAGAUAAAGGCAAAAUGAAUUUA